UUUACAUAGCCAUCUUGUGUCGAGUGAGACGAGGAAGGGAAGCAGUUUGUGAAAUUCAGUUCCCUUGAGUGGAAACGAGAAGAGAGAAGAGUCCGGGAAAGCUGUAUAACUGCCUUUACUAUCUCUCCUAACAGCUGAGACAUCCGUCUUCCACUGAGCAGGACGCUGAAGUUAUACUCUGUUUACAGAAUGUCUUACAUGGUAAUUCCCAGGUAGAAAAGUGUUUUAAAAAGAAGAGUUGAGUAGAGCGGGCCCGCCUCAGACUAGAGUAGCUGCUGCAGCUGGGGGAUCUAUAUCUGCGACAGGGGCCUGCUGACAACUCAGGAGCCGGGUGAUCAGCUGACAGAGCAGGCCGGCUUUUGAGAAGAAAAGGAAGCUACGAUCGGAAAGAGGAGACGUAGCGGCGGAACUACACGACCGGAGUUUAGAAGGUUGGAUCAUAUAUGUUUUUUUGAAGUCGUAAGAGCAACAGGAGGAAAGAGGAAGGAAGAUGCUGUAUAACCGUGUUGCUAACAGUUAUACACUGUGAAGUCGUUAUCUAUUUUGUUUUUGUUUUCGUAGACUGCAUAUACUUCAUCAUAAUCGGGGAGUGUGUAGUCAUUUCUUUUGUGGUUCUCAAAAUGUCUAAGAUGCCGGCUAAAAAGAAGAGUUGUUUUCAGAUCACAAGUGUCACUCAGGCUCAGGUGGCUGCUAGCAGCAUCACGGACGAUACUGAGAGUUUAGAUGACCCGGACGAAUCGAGGACUGAGGACGUCUCAUCGGAAAUCUUUGAUGUCUCCAGGGCUACAGAUUUGGAGCCAGAGGAAGUUUGCGAGAGAAGUUCAUCUGAAGAAACCUUAAAUAACGUUGGGGAAACCGAAACCUCCGGUGCGAUUACACCGAAUAUACCUCAAGAGGGGCAGCCAGUGACUGGAUCAGGUCCUCCAAGUGGAAGUACAGCAUUACGAAGCACAGUCUUGACAGCUCAUUACGGCGUUCCCAAUGUCAAUCCACAAGUUUUGGGACAAGGAGGAACGUCAGCCCAGCCCCCUGCCGCUUCGGUUGGGGGUCUGCAACAAUCUACAUCAGCAGCUAGCACUGGAGGGUCUGCUAAUGUGUCAACAGUCGCGUCCCAGUCUCCUCCACCCCCCACUGCCGCCGCCGCCGCUUCUACUACAACAACUUGUAGUUCACGUUUCAGGGUCAUAAAACUUGAUCAUGGUACAGGAGAACCUUUCAGGAGGGGCAGAUGGACUUGCAUGGAAUUCUAUGAAAGAGAUUCCGAAGGCUCUAUAAUUACCAGGACUGUGGAUAGCAUGAGGCAUGUUACUAAUUUGGAACACAGCACAGAUAGGGAUAGUGGUCUUGGUGCCACUGGUGGUUCUGUUGUGGGCCCUGUCAUGCACUCAACGCAGGGACCUGAUUCGACAGCUGACAGUUCAUUUGCUGUUUUUCCCCACUUGCAACAGGCUGACCAGAGCAGCCAGACUUCUCAGCAGCAGGGUUACAGCAUGGGGCUUCGGACUGGCAGUGGAACUAUGGCACAAGGUGCAUUUCAGCCCCCUGCCUAUUCCACUCAUGCUGUUCCGGGCAUCCAGCAAAAUGUUGUUCCUCCGCAGAAGGCACAGGUCAAUGUGCCAGCUGCUAUUGCACAAAUCCCCCUUGGACACAAUGGAAUGAGCAUGCAGCAUCAAAGUGUAACAAUGCAACAGGCUGCCCACCUGUUGCCAAGCCAGCCCUCUGCCCUACCUAGCAGUCAGCCGGAUUACCGACAGCACCUGCACCUGCAAAGCGCCCCAGAAUCAACAGCACAGACCCUGCUGGUUUCCAGUCUUCCGGUGGGCCAGCCAGUCAUCCAGGGCCCCUCACCAGUCGUGACACCUGCUGCCAGCGGGGCCCAAGUGUUGGGACUGCCAGCUCAGACUGGUGAAUCAGCUGGGCAAGGCACUGGAGUGAUGCAAGGCAGUCAGUCUGCUCCUACUCAGGGAGUCCUGCAGCAGCAAGGAGGUGUGGUGCAGCAAGGUGUAGGAACGGUGCCUGGCGUUGUGCAACUGCAGCAGCAGGUUAUGAGUCAGCAGCAGGCUCCCGGGGUGGGUGGAAGCAAUCAACUCUCGGGAGGACCGAGUGGCCUCCACUCAGGGGUCCUUGGUGUCCAAAAUGUGCCUGGCGUUGUGCCCAGUACUGGUAUUUUGAGUGGGUCAACAAGUGUGCCUACCGCGGUGCCCGGUGUGUCCAGCACUCCUAUUACUAUGCCACAUGUUCCCCCAACUAUAGGACAGUCCAAUAUGAUGAGCCAAUCGCAGGCCUCCAGGGUUGCAAAUGUAGCCCAGGCUGGAGGGUCUGGUGUCCAAGGGCUGGCCAGUGUAGCCUCAAACCUGCCCCAGUCCAAAUUCGUCCAAUUCCAUGCCCAAUCCCAAUCUGUCAUCAGCCAGGUGGAUGAGAACCGAAGGAACUCCGAUGUCCUACCUCAGCCUCCUGUAAUUUCUGGAAAAGAUCUUAUUAAGCCUUUCAUUCCUGAGCCCCUGCAUCUAUCAGCAGCCACCCCCAUGAACAGCAUAACAACUACAGUAUUUGGCAUACCCAUUACCAUUGAUGGGGAUGAAGACAGUACGUCUGGAGCAAGUGUUGUAGCCAUCGAUAACAAAAUAGAGCAAGCAAUGGAUUUGGUUAAAAGCCAUUUAAUGUAUGCAGUCAGAGAGGAAGUCGAAGUGCUGAAGGAGCAGAUUAAGGAGUUGUAUGAGAGAAACUCUGUACUGGAACGAGAGAAUGCACUUUUAAAGUCCCUUGCUAAUAAUGACCAGUUAUCCCAGCUUCCUGUUCAACUGACCAGUCCCAGCAACACUUCUCCCCUUCAGCAACAGCUAGCAGCAGCACCUACAGAGGGCGGCUCCCAGCCAACGCAACUUCAACAGCAGCCUAAUAUCUCCUCUGCAUGAAGAUUAGAAGCUUCACAGAAAAAAAAAGAAGAAAGUGGUCUUUAUCGUGUUUGCCACGGUGUUCUUGCCAGUCUACAAAUGAAGAGGCGUGCUUCAGUGUGUGUGCUGUUUGGCCUUCCCAGUAUUAGACAAUCAUCCUGCAAGAGCUUUCUUUAACUUGACAUCUCAUGCAAAGCAAGUGGAGUCCAGGUUGUCUCAGCAAUGCACAAGGCAGUUGCUAGGAGGGUUCAAGUCAGAUUGAGGCAACUACUGUAUAUACAGUGUUGUAGGUGGGGUACUUCAAAUAUUUGAGGCUUACCGUGUGAUUUUCUUGAAAACCAAGGGGGUCGAUUUUAGCCUUGCUGUUUCAUGUUGUAAGAAGUGCGAGUCUGUUUUAAGAGCCACCAUACUUCAACAUGAGUAAAAAACAUACAUGAGUUCAGUUUAACUGUUUGCAUUUAUUUAUUACAGGGCUGCUAUUUUCGUAAUGUAAAUGAACAGUGUCACCAGAAUCAGUUUAUUUGAGUGUUUUUGAAAUGUAAAAUAAUUGGUAAUACAACUAAUGGGUGGAAUUACAGAAAAUAGUUAAAUAUAUUGGCAAUAAUAAAGGAAAUCCUGGCAUAGUGCUAACACUAAUGGCAAUUUUACUUUAGGAUUGUUUAUUUAGUUAAGACCCAGUUUGAAUGUAAAUUUUGUACAGAGUGUAAAGUAUAAAGAACGUAGCAAGUUGUACAGGUAGACACCAGUUCCUGCGAUUAUAAAACCUUUAAAGAAUUUUCGGUGGGCUAUUUUGAUGAAGAAAACUUUGCUCAUUUCUGUUGCUAGUUUCUUUAUGUAAGAAAGAAAAAAUAAUUGCCAUAAUUCCUUCUUUUUUUAUUAUUAUUAUUAUUAUUAUUAUUUUUUUUUUAGAAAAGAUUUCUUUUUGUGCAUUGUUCUGUGUGUGGGGGAGGGGGGAGCUGUGAAAUUUUUCAGCCUACUUUGUAACCAAAGAUGCAAAGCUGUGUACUUCAGUUUUAUUUUGUAAUGCACGCACUCUAUGUAUUUUUAGUUUUUAGUUAACUUUCUCCUUCACAAGAAAUCUUUUGUUGCUGUUUAGCAUGUCCUGCAUGAUCUGUAAUCUUCAAACCACUUUCUUACCUCAUGUUUUUAUUGAGCACUCUUAUUGUAACAUAAAUUAGUCUGUGAACAAUGUCAAUGGAAAAAAAAAACAGAACGAAGAGCUGGCGUUGAUGGAGAAAAUCUAGUGUUGUGCACACUAGUUAGAAAAAUGAAGUGAGCCAUCUUUUGUUCAUUUUAAUGGUGUUAUGAAUUUCAUAUGCAGAAAAAGUUUUGUUACAUUGCAGAAUUUAAUGUAUUUAAUAAAUGCAACAUUCAGAUCCCAAGUGUAGUAGUGUACACUGAGUAUUUAAAUUACAAUUGUACAUUUCCUAAAUACAAUUUGAAAAAAAAGUUUAAUGUAGUAAAUGUCAUUUUUCCGUGUGUGCAUUUAAAUAUGCACACACCGCCCUUUGGAUUUUUAAAAGUUGUUUUUGGUGUUCAAUCACAUGUGAAUCAUUUGUCUUACUCAGUCGUAGGUGCCUUAUAUGAACCAACAAAAUAUAGGUCUGCAGUUCUAUGGAAUGUAUUACAAAAGCUGAUGAAAAGCUCGCCUAGCAUAUAGGUUGUUCUGUGUAUCAUUGCAUAUUGUGAUAUGGGUUCUCUUGUUAGUCAGUGUUGUACUGUAUGUAGACCAAUUCAAUAACCAUUUUUGUGUUUGGUGCACAUUUUAGUUGUUUUACAUCACACAUCAUAAAAAACAAAAUACAAAAGUCUACAUGCAUAAAUAAAUGUAAAAAACUUAUUUUGUGCAAAAUGCCUGCAUUUAAGACCAUGGUUUUGUUUACUGUUUCAUUCCAAAUUUAUUUUUAUUUUUUUUAGGUUUAAUGCACACAAUUGUACACUUUGGACCUAGUGGACUUGUGGAGCCUGACAUUCGUAGAUACCCAGACAUAAAUUAUUUAGUUAUAUCAUGAGAACCACAUACCCAGUUGUGAACUUGGCAUGGGCAUUCCUUUUCACAAAAGAUGUGUUCUGGUAUUGUCAUUUGUGUAUAACUAAGAACAAUAGAGGGUUUUAAAUCUGUCAUGUGACAUGUUUUUGCUUGAAUUAAAGGCUUCAUCUUGGGAACUGCUUGCACAAUUUGAUUAACAUUUGUUACACGGGUGUAAUAAUAUAGUUCUGAGUGAGCCCAGUUUAAUAAUCUGUGCUGUAGUGUAUACUCUAAUAAUUUUAAAGUUGUUCAUUUGGUAAUGCAUUACACUAAAAAAAAAGAAUUUGUCAAACUAAAGAAAUACUCAUAUGAUUAAGUAGUUUAUUUAAUGAGUUCGCAGGAGUGGUGAAGAAAAUACCUCCCCUAUAAUAGAGGUGACGUAAAGCAAGUGACUUGGUGAAACUGUAAGCCAUGGGAAAGCUGUUACACCGGAUGUGAGUAAUAAGAUGAAUGGAGCAGGGUGCGCUUGUAUGAAUGAAAAGUAAACUAAAUGAAUUACCAGUUAUGAUGCUGUAAGUCACUUGAUCUGCAGGUAUUCACCUGUUCUAAUUUAGUGUUGACAUUUCUGUGCCACUGAACUUGAUCUGCAAGUGCAUGGGCGUUUAACAAAUCUACUUUAUUUACGUGUAUGUUUUUGUGCUUGACAUGAAGGAAAAACCUUGCCUGAGAUUGACAUUUGUAUUUACAGUUCUAAUUUGGAUGUUACCCGUGUAGAUUACCAGAACAGACCUAAUACAACGCAGCCAUUCCUAGUCCAAUCAAUGGAAGCAUCUAAUUUAGAGGUGUACAGGACGUAAUAAUAACCCUAGGUAACGUGAGAGCUACUGUGGACCAAUUUGAAAACCUAGUGUGAUUUAGUACUUUAGUAAAAGGAACAAGCCUUUUUUUUUUGUGUCUCGUAUUGGGUGGCACCCACUGUCUUUUCAGAACUACACCCCUUCAGAAAAUCUGGUACAACAGGUAAGGAAUGCCCAACUUAAAUAUCUAUCUUAUGGUUAAAAAAUUGACAGAGGUUAGCAGGCUUAAUUAAUUUUUGUAAUAAUAAUAAGGUAGCAUGUUAAAACAUUGUGUAGAAAUGUUACAUUGGCUCAAUAUAUUAGAACCUCAAAAAAUACAUAUACGAUUUUGUAAUUAUCCAUACCUCAUUUAAAAAAAAAAAAAAAGGUCUAGCACUAUCAUGUAGACUGAAGGUGAAUUUAAAAGCUUGCUACAAGUGGUUUGGGUGGGAAUUGUAAUGAUUGUCUCAUCUAUCAUUGAUCAGCAUGGAUGAUUAAGGUGCUUUGCUUUCAAAGCAACUAGUAAAUGUGUUCAGAAAUGAAGUAAAUGACACAAACUGUACCUAUCAUGAACUGUAAUCUAUUUCCAUACAAGGUAAGUUUUUAAGUUUUAAUUAGUAAGUCCCAGUUCCUCCAGCCUUUGCUUAGAUAAUGAUAUUCUGACAAGGCUUCAUGUUUGCUUGUUUUUUUUUAAACUAAUGAAGAUAAAGCUAUUGCAAAACUGAAUUCUCAUAUAAAAUAAGUUCUGCAUUGAGGCAACAGUACGAAACAUACAAACCUGUCAUACAUUUCAUAACCUAACAUGAGCAUAGGCAAAAUAUACAGCAGAUAUAUAGUGGCAUGCAUCAUUUCACAUUAUAUACAUAAAUAUUACCCUUGUAAUCUUUGACAAGUAUAGUGGAGGCCCUACUCAGUCUUUUAAAACAUUUACUAUUUUUGGAAAAUAAAAAGCAGAAAUCCUGCUGAGGAUGAGCGUUCCAUUUCCUCCACAAAAGUAAAAAUGCUGAAAAGGGUUUUCUGAAGUUUGGUUGGUUUAAAUAUACCGCUUCUAGAAACCAGAAACAGCAAAAGACAUCAAACUCUGAAUACAUCAACAGUCAAAAUAGUAAUUCUUUAGAAUUGGACAAAUAAACUGUAGAAUCUACCACAUAGUGUAAGUUUAGGAGUAACAACACAUGUUUACCUUAGUGUAUAACUUCACUUUUGAUAACCAUUGAUACUUUUUAAAAAUAAUAUUCAAAAUGUUAACAGAGAAUGAAAUGUGCAGUGGUUGCAUUCCCUUUAUAAAUUCUGUCACUUAUGGAAGUGGAUUUUUAACAGAGUGCAUAAAGUACCUAAAACCUCUAGAAUGUAAUGACUAUUUAGAACCCACUGCUACCAUUCCUAAGAAUGAUGCAAGGAAAGAACUGCUAUAGGUUUAAAUACUAAGUUAUUAAAUAUAGGUUUAGAAGAGAACAAAUUCGUUACAUCUCCUGUUUUAAAAUCAAGGAGACAGAGUUUUACAAAUGUCCCAAAGGAGAUAUUCAAACACUGGAGGCUCUAUUUUAUCUCAAUUUACCUGUAACUUGUAUAAAACAAUGACACCAGUUACAGUCUGGCAGUUACAAUUUCUCAUUUUUAUUUGUUUCACAGGGUUUAAAUGGCAGUCACUCACCUCACCAUUUUAAUACUUUUGACCAAGGGAAUAGAGAUAAUACACAUGCAAACUUCACAGAAUUAAAACGAAUGGCAAGAUACAAAUAGCUUACAAUCAGGUUGAACUAUAUAUAUAUAUAUAUAUAUAUAUAUAUAUAUAUAUAUAUAUAUAUAUAUAUAUAUUUAUUUAUUAGAGAGAGAGAUACACACACACACACACACUUGCGUGCUGUUUUCUGGUGCCUGGCUAUGCCGUAUUUGCAGGUUCUUCCCCCCCCACCCCUGCAAACACAGUCUUAGCCAAUACA